CGCAUCUCGGCACUUCCCGACCAACUCUGGGCGCCUUCCACACCCCUGCCCCGGGCUGGGGGCUCCGAGAGAGCCUCCAGGAAGCGUAACCAGCCCGGCCGAGUCUCCCCGCUGAGCCGUGCCCAGCCCUGCCCUGCGCCUCUCGGGCUUGGUCCGUGCGGCGGCGGCGGGGUCUCUGCUCCUGCGCCCCGGGCGCGCCUCCGGGACACCCCGGUGCCCGCAGCCAGGACAAAGCCAUGAAGCCGGCGCUGCUGGAAGUGAUGAGGAUGAACAGAAUUUGCCGGAUGGUGCUGGCCACUUGCUUGGGAUCCUUUAUCCUGGUCAUCUUCUAUUUCCAAAGUAUGUUGCACCCAGUUAUGCGGCGGAAUGCCUUCGGCAUGGACAUUUGCUGCCGGAAGGGCUCCCGCAGUCCCCUGCAGGAACUCUACAACCCGAGCCAGCUGGAGCUCUCCAACACUGCCGUGCUGCAUCAGAUGAGGCGGGACCAAGUGACAGACACGUGCCGGGCCAACCGCGCCCUGAGCCGCAAGCGGCGGGUGCUGACCCCCAACGACCUGAAGCACCUGGUGGUGGACGAGGACCAUGAGCUCAUCUACUGCUACGUGCCCAAGGUGGCGUGCACCAACUGGAAGCGGCUCAUGAUGGUGCUCACCGGGCGGGGCAAGUACAGCGACCCCAUGGAGAUCCCCGCCAGCGAGGCCCACGUGGCCGCCAACCUCAAGACGCUGAACCAGUACAGCAUCCCGGAGAUCAACCACCGCUUGAAAAGCUACCUGAAGUUCCUGUUUGUGCGGGAGCCCUUCGAGAGGCUGGUGUCCGCCUACCGCAACAAGUUCACGCAGAAGUACAACACCUCCUUCCACAAGCGGUACGGCACCAAGAUCAUCAAGCGCCAACGCAAGAACGCCACCCAGGAGGCCCUGCGCAAAGGCGACGACGUCAAGUUCGAGGAGUUCGUGGCCUAUCUCAUCGACCCGCACACCCAGCGGGAGGAGCCCUUCAACGAGCACUGGCAGACCGUCUACUCCCUCUGCCACCCCUGCCACAUCCACUACGACCUCGUGGGCAAGUACGAGACACUGGAAGAGGACUCCAACUACGUGCUGCAGCUGGCGGGCGUGGGCAGCUACCUCAAGUUCCCCACCUACGCCAAGUCUACGAGAACUACUGACGAGAUGACCACAGAGUUCUUCCAGAACAUCAGCUCAGAGCACCAAACGCAGCUCUACGAGGUCUACAAACUUGACUUUUUAAUGUUCAAUUACUCAGUGCCAAGCUACCUGAAGUUGGAGUGACCCGGGGGCGGGGAGAGGGGAGAGCAUCGGGGGUUUUUUUAAUUUAAGAUUUUUAUUUGUCAAAAGAAGUCUAUGGAUCCUGGGUUAUUUUGUAAAUUAAUAUUUCUCGGGGGGGUGAUGCUGCGAGCAGCACGGUGAGAAUUAUUUAAACUCGUUCGUAGGGAGGACAGUGGUCUCCGCAGGGGGAGCAGGACAGCGCCUCCGUGUUUUAGACGUGAACACUGCAACGUUGUCGCAAAGGUUGCCUUGUGUUCUGGUGAAUUCCGUGAAUUGUGCAUUCCCUAAGUUCUAAUUAAUAUUAUUUAUAGUUAUUUAAACAUGGUCUCCGUAUAGAUUUCUUUGUGUGGCAGCAGACUCCUAACAUCUUCCCAGAAGAGUUCCAUCGCAAGCUUUGCUCGCUACAGCACAGUGGAGGGCAGGAACGUCUCACUAACCGCUCUUGGGAGUCACGUGACAGCAGCCACUGUGCCGUGCACAGGUGCCACCGUGCUGGAAGUGCUUCCUGUGCCAGGGACUCAGUCCAAACCAACUUCAGUUGGCCCUAAAGCCCCUUGCACUAAAAACAACACAACACCCACAACCAAGGAGAGGAGAGUAUAGCAAUUUUUUUUUCACCAGAAUUAGCAAUCUUAUAGGAUAGGUUUUUUUGUUUUUUUAAACAAACUUUUAACUGGCAGGGCCAGUUGUGGUGAAGGUGAAGUGGCUGUUGCUUUAUAAUUGACAGAUAUUUAUUGAGUGUCUAGUAUAGUCCAGGCCGUGCAGAUAGAGCAUAGCGCACACCCAGCAGUCUUGGCCCUCAAGAAGCUUUCUGUGGACACAGAACUUUCAGCUCAGUAAUGAGCAAACCCCUGGGAUUCAUGCACUUCCCGUGAGGUUUGGACUACUCAUGCGCAACCCCAGCAGGUCCAGGACCCUUGCAAUUUUUUUUUUUUUUUUUUUUGAUGGCCCCAAUCUGAAACCCACAUACUUGGGUCGGGCACUGAACACGGUGAGUGAUCCAAACUCAUUGCCCAACCCAAGAGAGGGCAACAAUCAUUCCUAUCACACGCCUGCUCCGGUUUAGUGGGAGUGGCUGCCUUUAAGCUCCACAACAGAGUCUUCAGGCACAGCUGCCAGAGUGCUGGGAUUGAUUAGUUCUGUCUGCCCUGGCUGAGGGAAGGAAAAUGCUGAUCAAGUGCCUCAUCUCUGAUCCCAUACCCACAUCCACGUAGCCCAUGUGGAAGGCUUGUCUGCUGCUUGCGUGGGAAUAAGUGAAAUGCAUACACUUGGGGAUUUGCAAUGGUCCAGGGUUUCCAUCCCUCACGGAGGUCCGAGGGGGAUUAUUUGUACACCUCGCACGUCCUCUGGAGGCCGAGAGACCAUUGGCUCCUUGGUGACCGCCAGGCGCGAGCAGCAGGGACAGUCUUCCUCGAUCCUAACCUACACCCGCUUGCCUCUGGGAGACUGGGAACGCCCAGUGCCUGCUCCUUGCUGAUGACCCUCUUCACACGCUUCUCGCGUCUAGCCAUCUCUGAUGCUUCUCGGGUGAACUUUGAGCCAUGUCCCUCUUACAGCUGGUCAAAGAGUUGGUAGCAGAUCCUGUAUAUAAUAAUAAUAAGAUAAUAAUAAUAAUAGCUGUAAU